AUGCCUUAUAAUAUAGCGAUGGUGUGUGAUUUUUUCUACCCUCAACCAGGCGGUGUUGAGUUCCAUAUGUAUCAUUUAUCUCAAAAACUAAUAGCAAGAGGUCAUUCAGUGGUCAUAAUAACACAUUCAUACAAUUCAAGACGUGGUGUGAGGACAUUGACUAAUGGGUUGAAAGUUUACUAUAUCCCAUUCCUAGUGUUUUAUAGACAAACAACUUUCCCAACUGUGUUUUCAGCUUUCCCCAUAUUGAGAAACAUAUUCAUAAGAGAAUCAAUAGAUAUAGUACACGGCCAUGCUUCAAUGAGUAGUUUGGCUCAUGAGGCUGUUUUCCAUGGUUCAAUAAUGGGAUUAAAGACAGUUUUGACUGAUCAUUCAUUGUAUGGAUUUGCAGAUACUGGAAGUAUAUUGGGUAAUAAAGCCUUGAAAUUCACAUCAUGCUGCACAGAUAGGGUUAUUUGUGUUUCAAAUACUUGUAAGGAAAAUAUUGUUUUACGUGGUGCUAUAGAUCCAUUAUUAGUUUCAGUUAUACCCAAUGCUGUUAUAUCAAGUGAUUUCUUACCUGACCCAUCAGCACCUAAAAAAAACAGGAUCACUAUAGUGGUUAUCUCAAGAUUGUUCCCUAAUAAAGGCGCAGAUUUACUAGCUGGGAUGAUACCCAAAAUUUGUCAAGCUGAUCCAAAUGUCAAUUUCUUAGUUGCAGGUGACGGCCCGAAAUUUAUUGACAUACAACAAACUAUUGAAAAAAACAGAUUACAGGAUAGAGUAGAGCUUAUAGGUGGUGUCAAGCAUGAAAAAGUUAGAGAUGUUAUGGUGCAAGGUCAUAUUUAUUUACAUCCUUCACUAACUGAAGCUUUCGGAACAGUAUUAGUUGAAGCUGCUUCUUGUGGAUUAUUGGUGGUUACAACUAGGGUUGGAGGUAUCCCAGAAGUGUUGCCUAGUGAUAUGACAAUCUUUGCCAAUCCUGCAGUGGAUUCAUUAGUUGAGAGUACAUUAAGGGCUAUAAAAUUAAUUGAGGAACGAAGAGUGAAUACUUCCAAAUUUCACGAUGAAGUGAAAACCAUGUAUGGUUGGGAAGAUGUUGCAAUGAGAACAGAAAAUGUUUAUGAUUCGAUUGAUGAGGAUUAUAAAUUAACUACAUUGGAACAAUUUUGGAAAUACUAUAAAUGUGGGGCAUGGGCUGGUAAACUUUUUGUAUUAUGCUUUAUAGUGGAUAUUUUCUUGUAUGCAUUAUUAGAAUGGUGGUAUCCAAGAGAAAAUAUUGAUAUAGCCAAAAAAUGGCCAAGGAAAAACAAGGUGCAGGAAAAAAAGUCAUCAAACUGA